AUGGAGAUAGAUAAGAAUAGAUUAGUUAAAUUAGUAUUUAUCAAUUCGUACACUCGUCGUGUGAUCAAUAGACAUGUAAAGAUAAUCAAUCGAUUAUUUUCAUAUGCACCCGUCGAUCGUCAAAAGCCGAUUGAAUACUACAACUGGGAUCAAUUAAGCAACGAUCCUAUUCAACUUGCAAGACAUGGAUACUUUAAUCAACUAAAAUCAACUAUACUCACAUUAGAACAAAAGUAUGCAAAGUAUAAAUGGUCUAAUUAUGAUGAUGACAAUGAUGAUGAUGGUGAUGAACAACAAAAACAAAAACAACAACAACAACAUAGAUGGAUACCAAAUUUAAAAGAGAUCAUUGAAGAUUUAAUAAGUUAUCCAAUGACAUUAAAGAAUCAUUGCAAUCUAUUUAAAAAACAAUAUGAUGAUGAUGACGAUCGGGUCAACAAGAGAAACCAAUUCAUUCAAGAUUUCAUGUACAAGAGAUAUGGUGGAGUGGAUCAUUUGGAAGAGUUUACAACAUUGGUGAUUACAAGUGCUUUAAAAUGUUAUGAUGGUGAUUUAGAGUUGAUCAAAUGGAUUGAAUCUAUUCACAAUGACAAUAUACUCAAUGUAAUGCAUAAAUACAAUACGGAGCUUAGAAUUGUAUUUAAAACUAAAAAUCAAGAUAUAGUGUAUCAUUGUUUCAAAAUAUUUCAAUCUUCAAAAUACUCUAAAUCCAAUUCAACAGUUAGAGACACUUUUGUGGUUAGAACAGUCAAUUACAUCAAAGAUAAAGAAAGUACAACACUCAUCAACAACCUCUUUGACUAUUAUAUACUUGAUUUAACAGAGGCCACUAAAAAAACAAUCAUCAAGAAAUGGUAUUUUUCAUACAAAUCAAUGCAUAAUGCAAUAACAAGAGAUGAUUCAAAAUUGGUUACCUAUCUAUUGGAUAUUGAUAAAGCAUUGAAAAUCGAUAUGGAUGAUGCAGCACAGGCAGGUAGCAUUAAAGUAUUGGAGCUGGGAAAGAAACUUGGGUUGGCGUGUACAACAGAGGCAUUCUAUUGUAUUGCAUAUGGACACUUGGAAACUUUUAAAUGGCUCAUUGAAACAUACCCAUCACUACUCCAAUAUAUGAUUUACACUGACAGCCUUAUGGGAUUGGCCAUAUCAAACAAAAAGUGUACUCCAGAGAUACUUGGAUUUUUUAUUUCAACUUAUUUUUCUGUCAGAUGCGUCUCAGAAAUGGGGUAUCAUAUGACUAUCGACUUUGAUCUUGCGAUUAGUAAAGCAAUCAAUAAAGAAAGAUGUGAUAUGGUAGAAAUGUUGGUAGAAAUGUUGGAAACGUUUGAGAGCACCUCGAACAACCCAAUCUCUUUAUCGCUUUUUCACAGACCACAACCAACACUAAAAAAAGUAGAUUUCUUUAUGUAUCUCUGUCGAAAAAAAGGAUACAUUAAAUAUUUUGGUGAAAAAGUUGAAGUCUACGUUGAAGCACUUAAAGAUUUCUUGUUUUAUGGAUUUGAUGAACCUGCUCAAAUGGUCUAA